AUGGUAUUAAAACCUCUUGAAUUUUCUGAUUGCCUGGCUGAUAGUCCUUGGUUUCAACAGAAUCUUCAUGAACAUGAACAGGCACUCGAAGAUGCCAGAAAGUCUAUAAAAACAGUUGAAAUUCAAUUUGUAGAACUUGUUGAAUGUAUUAAAAAACUUUCUGCAGCACAAAGAGCUUUUGCAAAAAGUCUUUGCGAUCUUAAAAUAGAAACAGUUGGUACAACACAGACUGACGACGAGCGUGCUAUUGCCAAUUGCUUAAAAGAUUUUGGAAGGCGUAUUAAGGAAGUUGAAGAUCACCGUACAAAAUUAAUUGAGGACGCAGAAGCCUGUUAUAUACCUUUAAGAAAAUUUCGUCUCGAUAGAAUUGGUAAAGUAGUAAACGAAGAAAAGAAGAAGUACGAAAAAGAAUCGCAGAGAUUUUAUGCGAGUCUUGAAAAGUACUUACAUUUAAGUACUGUUAGAAAGAAUGAUUUCCGCGAAGCGGAUGCUCAACUUGGUUUACAACAAAGAAAUUUUGGAGACGCAUCUUUACAGUACGUUGCUGAAAUCCAAGCUGUUCAAGAACGUAUGAAAUUUGAAUUAGUUGAAACUUUAGGAAGUUUUCUUUAUAGUUGGUUAACAUUUUAUCACGUCGGGCACGUUAUACAAGAAGAUUUUAAACCAUUCUUAGACGGUAUUCAAAUCAAAGUUCAAAAGGCAAAAGAAAAUUUUAGACAAACAAAAGAGGAAACAGAGGAAUUGAGAAAAAAAAUGUUAAAUUCUUUUAUUAGGAAUGCUGUUUUUCCUUCAUCUAGUAAUUCAUCAGGCAACAACAAUAAUAACAAUUCAAGUAACGGAGGUUUUAUUAAUGACUUGAUGUCUAAACCAACAAACUCAAAUAUAAAACAAGGCUAUGUUUAUUUACAAGAAAAAAGUAAAAUUCCUAAAGGUAUUGGUAGAGAUGUACUUCCUAGAAAUUGGACUAAAUAUUAUUGUGUUUAUCAAAAAGAAACACGUAUUUUUACUAUGAUUCCAGUUAAUAGUACUGUUAAAACAGAUAUGAAAGGAGCUCUAGAACAGUCAGUUUCUUUUAAAUUAAAAUCAUGUAUCAGGAGAGCCUCAGACUCAAUAGAUAAAAGAUUUUGUUUUGAUCUUAUUUCUGAUGAAAGAGAUACAAUGACAUUUCAGGCAUUGUCUGAGGAAGAUAGAAGGCAAUGGCUUGAUGCAAUGGAUGGUAGAGAACCAGUUUACUCUCCUGGAACUGGACCACAUAAUCAAGGUGCAUUUGAAACUGUUCUUGAUGAUGCUGGAUUUGAUUUUGUUCGUGAAUGUUUAAAAGCAAUAGAAGGACGUGGAAUUACAGAACAAGGAUUAUAUCGCAAUUGUGGUGUUACAUCAAAAGUUCAAAAGUUAAUGCAAAUUGCUUUAGAUAAGAAAAAAUUUAAUUCCUCCUCCACAAAAAAUCAAUUAAAUUUAUGUUCAGAAGAUUCUGAAUGGGAAAUAAAAACAAUAUCUUCUGCUGUUAAAACAUUUUUAAGAAAUUUACCUGAACCUUUAAUGACUUUUGAGUUACAUUCACAUUUCAUUAAUGCUGCCAAAAUGGAUGAUGGAGAUCAAAGAGUUGAUCAUAUACAUUAUUAUGUUUAUAAAUUACCUGAAUCACAUAGGAAUAUGUUAAAAAUUGUAUUAAGUCAUUUGAAAAAAGUUGCUGAUAUGGCUGAUGAAAAUUUAAUGACAGUAGGAAAUUUAGGUGUAUGUUUUGGGCCAACUCUACUUCGUCCAAAAGAAGAAACAGUAACAGCAAUAAUGGAUAUAAAAUUUUGUAAUGUUGUUGUUGAGGUUCUUAUUGCUAAUUAUGAAAAAAUAUUUAACAAUAAACCACCUAUAUCACUUGGAACACCUUGUCCUCCUAAACCGGUUCAUAAUAUGGUUCAAAUAAUGCCUCCUGCAUCAACAGAUUCAAGUUGUUUACUUUUUCAAAGUACUAAAAAUACAACAAAAAAUUUAUCUCAAAGUAAGCAAGGAUCAUAUCAAUCUCCAAAUGGAUCUCAACAAUUAUCUGUUUAUGACAAUUAUUCACCUCGACAGUUUGAAAGUCAAUCAGCAGAAGAUCUUACAACAAAUACUACUUUGUUAACAAAUUCUGUUAAAAUGCCUGUAUCACAACAAGUCUCUCCAGCCGGAAAUUGUGGAAGACUUUUUAAUUUACGUCGACCUAAACCAGCAUCCCAAGGAAUAUCAGGAAAUUCAUUAACUUCAAAUACCAGUGUUGAUAUUGUUCAAAAUAUUUCAAAUUGUUCAUUAAAUGAAAAAUCACAUACAAGUUCAGAUUCUUUAAAUUCAACAAGUUCUGAACGAUCAACUGGAGUAGUAUCACAAAAGAUAUCUCCUUUGGCAAAUUCUACUAAUGUUGAUGAUUGUACAAGUAGUAGUGGUUUAUCUAAAAAUAAAAUGACAUCUUCUUAUGCCCCUCAUUAUAAUCCACAAGCAUCAGAAACAUUGUCUCGUAGACUUAAAAAACGUCAUUCUGGAGGUAAUCUUUCUUCAGUAACUACUUCAAAUUUAACUCACACAACUAUCUAUCCUUCUUCAAGUUUAUCUCAACCAUAUUACGAUACCCUGUCCACUAUACCUUAUUCUAUUUCCAAUCUCCAAUCAACACCAUUACCGGGAUUAAAAAAUUCAAUAUUAACUAGUAGUUCCAGUAUACCAAGUAAUGUGGCAAUUUCCUUCAAUAACGGUUACCCUAUAAAUGAAAGUACUUUUCCUUAUUUCAGUUCUCUGAUAAAUCCUAAUUCUCAAAUUCAACCAAGUAGAAGAGUAAGAACAUUAUAUGAAUGUACUGCAGGUCAUGAAACAGAACUUUCUUUCUCUCCAGGUCAAAUUAUAACAAAUGUUUAUGAAUCAAAAGAAGAGGGAUGGCUUGUGGGUACACUAAAUGGUAAAACAGGAUUAAUACCAAGUAAUUAUUGUGAACCGCUUCCAUAG